AUGCUGAUCACCACCACCGAUUUGAAAGGCGCCCUCCCUCUCGUCGCCAGAGGCAAGGUCCGUGACCUCUACCAAGUCGACGACAACACCCUCUUGUUUGUGGCCACCGAUCGCAUCCUGGCCUACGAUAUCAUCAUGACCAACGGCAUCCCCAACAAGGGCAAGAUCUUGACUCAAUUGCUGGAGUUCUGGUUCGAUUUCCUCAAGUUUCCCAACCACUUGGUGGCGAAGUCUGACGAGGUGAUGCUGAAGCUUCCCGAGUCCGUCCAACCCUUCCGCGACCAGCUUGAAGGCCGCCUGCUUUUGGUCCGCAAAUUGAAGCUCGUGCCGUUGGAGGUUAUUGUCCGAGGCUACAUCACGGGUCUGGCGUGGAACGAGUAUCAAAAGCUGGGCACCGUCCACGGCGAAAAGGUCCCCGAGGGGAUGCUCAAGUCGCAACCGUUCCCCCACCCUAUUUUCACCCCUCUGACUAAAGCUGAGCAAGGCGAACACGAUGAGAACAUUACUAAGGCCCAGGCAGCGGAGAUUGUUGGCCAAAGCUUGUGUGACCGCUUGGAAGCCGCCGCUGUUUACUUAUACACUAAGGCCGCGGAAAGAGCCAAGGAAAACGGGAUUAUCAUUGCCGACACCAAGUUUGAGUUUGGUCUCGACGAAAACGACGACUUGGUUUUGGUGGACGAAGUGUUGACUCCGGACUCGCUGAGAUUCUGGCUGGGCGCCACCUAUGAAAUCGGCAAGGACCAGGACUCUUACGACAAGCAAUACUUGCGCGACUGGUUGACGGCGCAGGGGCUUAAGAAUAAGGAAGACGUGGCCAUGACCGAGGAGGUCGCCCAGAAGACUAAAGAGAAGUAUGUUGAGGCCUACGAAGCCAUCACCGGCUCGAAGUGGCAAGAAUAA